CGUAGACAUGGACUGUGUAGACGCGGCUGUUAGGGAGACAGAAGAGUCCCUUCAGGCACAGUGACAUUCUCUUUGCUUUUUCUCAAAUUAUCUUCAUUGAUACACGCCGGAUGCUGAUUUCAUUUGCCUUCAGCUGAAGAGCCAUAUCUCCGCCAAGCAACAGGAGGAAGAAAAAAGAACGUAGGGAGCAAGAAGGGCUCGUGAAUCGGUGGAGGAGCGAAGGUUGCUGGGCUAGGGGCAAGCUUCAUUUUGCAACAGACUUGAAAGAAAUCAAACUGGUAACACCAUGGGGGGAGUAGUGGUGGACGACGGACCUACUGGGGUGAAGGCACCAGACGGUGGCUGGGGCUGGGCAGUGUUGGCCGGCUGCUUCGUCAUCACUGGAUUCUCCUAUGCGUUCCCCAAGGCUGUCAGCGUCUUCUUCAAGGAGCUGAUAAAAGAGUUCCACGUGGGUUACAGCGACACGGCCUGGGUAUCAUCCAUACUGCUCGCCAUGCUCUACGGCACAGGGCCUCUCUGCAGUGUGAUGGUGAACAAGUUUGGCUGUAGACCUGUGAUGAUGGUUGGAGGGCUCUUCGCCUCACUGGGAAUGGUUCUGGCUUCCUUUGCAACCAGCAUUGUGCACAUCUACCUUUGUGUUGGCGUUGUUACAGGUUUGGGCCUUGCAUUGAACUUCCAGCCAUCCCUGAUAAUGCUCAAUCGCUACUUCAGCGAGAAACGACCUUUAGCCAACGGCCUGGCGGCAGCAGGCAGCCCCGUGGCGCUGUGCUGUCUCUCCCCACUGGGACAAAUCCUUCAGUACCAAUAUGGCUGGAGGGGCGGGUUCCUCAUCCUGGGAGGAAUACUGCUCAACUGCUGUGCCUGCGCAGCCCUCAUGAGGCCCCUUUUGCCGCCAAAGAAACACAGAAAGCUGGAGGAUGGUCUCUUCACAGCCAUAGACAAGGAGAAGAAGCCCCAACCCAAGAAGAAACUGCUGGACUUCAGUGUGUUCAGAGACAGAGGAUUUGUCAUUUAUACUGUUGCUGCCUCUAUUAUGGUGCUGGGCUUGUUUGUGCCGCCUGUCUUUGUGGUCAACUAUGCCAAAGGACUCGGCUAUGAGGACACUACUUCUGCACUGCUGCUCACCAUCUUGGGAUUUGUAGAUAUGUUCGCCCGUCCUCUUUCAGGGAUCGUUGCAGGCAUGAAGUGGGUACGGCCAAGGUGCGUCUACUUGUUCAGUUUUGCUAUGAUCUUCAACGGGUGCACCGAUCUCGUUGGCUCACAGGCAAACACCUAUGCAGGUCUGGUGGUCUUCUGCAUCUUCUUUGGCAUGUCUUACGGCAUGGUGGGAGCACUCCAGUUCGAGGUCCUCAUGGCUAUCGUGGGGACAGAAAAGUUUUCCAGUGCGAUUGGUCUUGUGCUGCUGAUGGAAGCAAUGGCUGUGCUAGUGGGCCCUCCUGGAGCAGGUCGGCUCCUGGAUGCCACACACCAGUACAUGUACGUAUUCCUGCUGGCGGGCUGUGAGGUCACGCUGUCCGCCAUUGUGAUAGCCGUCGGCAACUUCCUGUGCAUCAAAAUGAAACCGGAAGACCCGGCUCAGAUGGAAAUGGCCGCGUCGGCUGCCGAGAAAGAGGGCCGCAACACGGAGCUGAGCGAAGGAGGGGAGCAGAUGGGAAAGGAGAACGGGAAAGUGGGUGAUUUGCAUUUGCAAGGGGAGGUAGGGAAGGAAAUGGAGAAAGAAGGUCGGGAGGAAAUGAAUGAAGGAUCUCCAUGAAGACAUCAUGAGGACAAAAAGCACCACAGGUUGAUGUAUUUAGUAUUGGGUGCUGGGAAGGCGAAUCAUUGUUAGUGUGGACUUCAGACACUUCAGUCACUUUAGUUUAAAUGUUUUAGCUUGUAUCAGCUGCUGCUCUCACCUGAGGAGCUUCUUACUACUCCUCCCAUUGGACCAACCAGAUGAUCUUCCGGCUAAAAACAUCCCCUUCACAUCAGAAACACAAAACUUGUCAGAUGCAAUCUUGUCCAAAGUUGGCAAAAGUCAAGAGUAAAAAUUCCCAUUGAUAUGGCAUUACCUAGCAUCCCCCGAGCCAAGACGCUCUGCUGUUUACUGGCUACGCUGCAACUUCACAUGAACUUUCUAAUAAUAGCUGAUGCAUUUUCUUUCAUGUGACUUACUGUAAGCACAGUGUGGUGAUUUGUGUACUUUCACGCAGAGCUGUGUUCUGUGCAAAACCAACAUGUAUGCACUACGUCUACUUAUUUAUUACACUGUCCAACACGAGUGUGAAUCUAACUUAUCAGUACGUAGCAAAUGUGAUUAGGCUAUUUUUGGCAAAGGUAAUGUGACAGUAUAUCAUUCUUGCACUAUAUUCUAAUAAAUAAAUGAUUCUAAAAAUACAUUUGGGUGCGUCUGCGGCAUUUAGGAAGUGUUUCACCCACAUGGAAUAUGACGAGUGUGACAUUUGUCUCGUUUAUGGUAACUACACAGUACGGAAUAUUAGGGCCACAUUGAAUCUGCGUUUUUAAGAAUAAAGUCGUAAAUUUACAACAUUUUUUUUCUCGUUAAUAAAGUCGCAAAUUUAUGAGAAUACAGUCAUAAAUUUACGAGACUAAAGUCGGGACUAAAAUUUCGUAAAUAGUCAUAAAUUGUCGUAAAUUUACAAGAAAAGUCAUAAAUUUACUUUUUGUUCAUAAUUAGUCAUAAAUUGUGGUAACUUUACGAGAAGUAGUAGUAAAUUUACAAUUUUUUUCCCGUAAAUAAAGCCGCAAAUUUAUGAGAAUACAGUCGUAAAUUGAAAACUUUUUUCUUGUGAAUAAAGGCGGAAAUUGACCUAAAUUUAAGAAUAAAGUCGUAAAUUUACAACAUUUUUUCUCGUUAAUAAAGUCGCAAAUUUAUGAGAAUACAGUCAUAAAUUUACGAGACUAAAGUCGUAAAUGUACUACUUUUUUUCUUGUAAAUAAAGGCGGAAAUAGUAGGAAAUUUAACAAAAAGUCGUAAAUUUACAACAUUUUUUCUAGUAAAUACUCGUAAAUUAUCGUAAAUUUCCGAGAAUAAAGUCGUAAGUGUAACAAAAAAUUUCGUAAAUAGUCAUAAAUUGUCGUAAAUUUACAAGAAAAGUCGUAAAGCCGCAAAUUUAUGAGAAUACAGUCGUAAAUUGAAAACUUUUUUCUUGUGAAUAAAGGCGGAAAUUGACCUAAAUUUAAGAAUAAAGUCGUAAAUUUACAACAUUUUUUCUCGUUAAUAAAGUCGCAAAUUUAUGAGAAUACAGUCAUAAAUUUACGAGACUAAAGUCGUAAAUGUACUACUUUUUUUCUUGUAAAUAAAGGCGGAAAUAGUAGGAAAUUUAACAAAAAGUCGUAAAUUUACAACAUUUUUUCUAGUAAAUACUCGUAAAUUAUCGUAAAUUUCCGAGAAUAAAGUCGUAAGUGUAACAAAAAAUUUCGUAAAUAGUCAUAAAUUGUCGUAAAUUUACAAGAAAAGUCGUAAAGCCGCAAAUUUAUGAGAAUACAGUCGUAAAUUGAAAACUUUUUUCUUGUGAAUAAAGGCGGAAAUUGACCUAAAUUUAAGAAUAAAGUCGUAAAUUUACGCGAAUAGUUGUAAAUUUAGUACUUUUUACGUUAAUAAAUUUAUAAAUUGUUGUAAAUUUACAACUUUAUCCUUGUGAAUGAAGGCGAAAUUUUUCGUAAAUUUAUGAAUGAAGUCGUAAAUUUACAAGAAUAAAGUUGUAAGUGUACAACUUCUUUUCUUGUAAAUAGAGUCAUAAAUGUAUAACUUUUUUCUCGUAAAUACAGUGGUAAAUUGUCGUAAAUUUAAAAACAAAGUAAAUUUACAACUUGUUUCUUGAAAUAAAGCCAUAAAUUUGAGGAUACAAUCGUAAAUUUCCGAGAAUAGUUGCAAAUUUACAACUUUUUUUUCCUCAUAAAUAAAGUCGUAAAUUUAUGAGGUCAUAAGAAAGAAAAAACGUCGUAAAUUUAAGAAGUCGUACAUGUAUAACUUUUUUUUCUCAUAGUCGUAAAUUUACGAGAAAUAAGAGUUGUAAAUUUACAAGAAAAACGUCAGAAAUGUACAACUUUUUCACUGAAAUAAAGUCAGAAAUUGCUGUAAAUUUAUGAGAAGUUGUAAAUUUACGAGAAAAAAAGGUGUUGCGUGACCUUUGGCCUUGGGUAAAGUUGAUAAAAGUCCCCCUCCUUUUGAAAAUAUGAGAUUACGAGAAUAAAGUCGUACAUUUACAAGAAUAAAGUCGUACGUUUAAAACUUUUUUCUCAAAGUCAUAAAUUGUCUAAAGACGUAAAUUUACGAAAAAAAAAAAAAAACAACUUGUAACUUUGUAACUUUUGAGACAUCUGACAAAAGGGGGGACUUAUGUGACCUUUGGCCUUGGGCAUGUGGAGGGGGCGGGGUAAGGAAGGGCUAGCUAGACAUGCUAAUCUAUUUGUGCUCAACUGCUCUGUUUCGCUGCCACGUUGUAAAUAAAAGCUUGCCUCAAGCAAGAGCAAGUUUCCUUCCUUCCUGAAAAGCUCUAUUUUCCCCCUACACGUAGUAUUACCAUUUUAAUCUCGUAAAUGUACAACUUUAUUCUCGUGAUGUGUUCAUAAAACACACAAUGUCAUCUCCUAAGUACUACUGCUAACCUCAGCUCAUUAUGUGGGCUAAAGCCAAUCUCUUCAGACCUCUCCACCACCAUGGGCAAGACCAAAGAGCUAUCAAAGGACCUCGGGGACAAGACCGGAACGGGCUACGAGCUCAUCAGCAAGAAGCUCGGUGAGAAAGAGACCAUUACUGGCGCAAUAAUGAAUACAGCUCACCGCUUCCCUGUUCAAACAUUGCACCCUCACUCUCGUGCUUGAGGUGACAAAGAAAACGAUUAGUGUGGACUUCCAUCAGUUGUGUUGUCAUUGACUAAUACAGUACUUACAUUUGUUUGAUGACCUGAAACAUUCAAGUGUGACAAACAAAGGCUCUUCCGCGUUACACAUCUCACGGAUUGUGAUGUUUUUGUGUUGAUAUAAAAUACUGUGGCUUGA